CCUCGGAAACAAAACGUGCGCGUUCAGUUUCCUUUCAAACAGCGUUUGUGGUGCAUUGUUCGUCACCUGUCACGUCAUUUUACAUUUUACGAAUAUUCUUUUUUCGUGUAACACGGCAUCACGUUUACAAUACAUUUUACAAAAUCAUCUAACAAGAGAUGAUUGCUAUCGCCCGAGAAUCCAGAAAAAAACAUUAAUAGUAGUGUAAUUAUUGUCUCUUUGAGGAGAGUCAGUGAUCUUAUUGCACCUGUUCGUUUUCCGCUGGGUUAAUUCUUCUUGGUCGAUUCCGGUACUUUGUGUUUCCGGUUUUGGAAAAUUAUCUGACGAUUAUUUUUUUUGGGAUAAACCCGACAUGGAGUUUCGUUUCAACGUAAACGAUAUUUUUAAACAGCCCAUAGUUGAGAUAGGACCGAGUUUAAUACCACCGGGGGUGUCCUAUACGGAUAAAAGGGCGUUGUGGGAUGCUGUGACUAAAGUAUCAGAAAUUGUAAACACUAUGGGAAAUGCUUCAGCUGCUGCUCAAGGUUUGAACAAGCCCAUCACGACUUCGGAAAGACUAAGGAAUUCUGAACAAAAAUUGUAUUUCUUAAUCGACGGAGAUACUAAUAAUGGACGUGGAGCUGUAACUGGAAUGUUGAAAACUGGUAAAAAAGGGCUUUACGUUUUCGAUCGGGAAGGUCAUCAUUACCAAGUUCAACCAUUAUGCGUUUUGGACUUUUGUAUUUAUGAAUCUAAACAGAGAAUGGGUUUGGGGAAGGUUCUUUUUGAGCAUAUGUUGGCGGAAGAAAAGGUCGAACCGGUAAAAUUGGCUAUCGAUAGACCGAGCGAUAAAUUUUUGGGAUUUUUAAACAAACAUUAUGCGCUGGAUAAUCCAGUUCGCCAAAUGAAUAAUUUCGUUGUUUUCGAUGGAUUUUUUCCCGAACCCGUUGGCGGAUCAGCCAAAGGGGACAACUCAGAAGUGCCUACAACUAAAUCUAACCAGGCCGCUAACGGGUUACAAUCCAAUUUUUCAACACCAUACGGAAGAUAUGGUGCUCCAAGACCACCUUGUAGCAUGGGUCAGAUAAUUCACAACCAGUCCCCGAUGUCCCAUCAGGCUCAAGAACCGACAGGAACAAGUCUUUGUAUAAAACCGGCGCCUAAAGUUCGACCUAAAUCGGUGCCCAGCGAUUAUCACGGUAUCAUAAGUCGACAUGUCGAAAAUAGUCCUAAUACUACUAACGAACCGAAGACUGUUACCAAUAAUCAAUCAAGAGUUCAACAAGGACAUUCUAAAAGUGUUGUGGUUCCUCCCGCGUAUCAACAACAGCAGCAACAACAACAAUUACAACAGCAACAACAAUUACAACAACAACAGCAACAACAACUAUUACUACAACAGAUGUACCAACAACAAUUGCAACAGCAGCAAAUGCACCAAUUGCAAACUCCUCAACAAAUACAACAAGCGUAUAAUGAUUAUCAAAUGUUAAAUUAUCAAUAUCCAACAAUGCAGUCGCAACAAUAUGCUCCUCAACAAAUUACAAUGGCUUAUCAACAACCGAUUCAGUACCAACAACCUGUUCAAUAUCAACAACAAAUACCACAAGAAAACUUACAAUCUCAUGUUCAACAAGAGCAAUUUAGAACGUUGCAACCAACACAAGCACAACAACAGGAAAUGCAAAAACAACAGGCACAGAGUCAACCAGUACAAAAAGAGCAACAACUUCAAAAACAACAGCAACAAAUGCAACAACAACAAGUACAACAGCAACAAAUACAAAAUCAACAACAAGUACAACAGCAACAAAUACAAAAUCAACAACAAUUGCUUCAACAACAGCAGCAACAAGAUUUAUUGCGACAACAACAGAAUUAUCAACAACAAUUAUUACAACAGCAACAAAAGCAAGUACAGAAACCGCUUGAAACUAAGCAAGUGUCAGGUGCAGUGUCAGAAACUCAAGCUAAUUAUCAACAAUUGGCACAACGACCUCAAUAUAUUCAACCACCAUAUGAAGGACAAGUUGCUCAACAAAGAGAACAAGUAAUUGAAGAACAGUCAAAGAUAAGUCAACAAUCUAUUCCGCAAUUGGCGCAACAACCGAAUCAAAUUGCAAUGCAACCGAUUAUUCAACAAUCUACUCAAUAUCAACCUCAACAGAUAUCACAGCAAAGUGUUCAACAGUUAACUCAACAACCAGUACAACAGUUAGUUCAACCAAUGCAACAAUUAGUUCAACCAAUACAACAGCCGAUUCAAUAUCAACAAUUGAUGCAACAACCUGCACAACAAAUGAUACAACAGCCAAUUCAGUAUCAACAAUUAACGCCACAACCGACUCAACAAAUAAUACAACAACCAAUUAAUGUAUCUGCUCACCAGAUACCAAUUAAUUAUAUGCAACCACAACAAUCUAUACAACAAAUUGCAGUACCUUCAACAGUUCAAGUUAACACUGCUCAACCGGUCCCGCAACAAUCACAAAUUCAAAUUGCGCCGAUUCAAAUGCAGGGUAAUCAACAACCAUCUAUUCAACAAUUACAAGUUCCGUUCUCAAAUCAACAGUUGCAAACUCCGAUCUCGAACCAACAAAUACAAUAUCAACCUGUUCAAAACCAAACGGUCGUUCAACCGUCGCAACAUCAAUUAAUUUCAAUGCAACAAACACCAAUUGUCCCUCAACCUUCUGUUCAUCAAUUACAAGCACAAAUACCUACACAACAACAACAAAUCCCACAAGUAUACGCUUCCCACCCGAAUUUGAGAGCGAAUCAACAACCUCAAAUGACGCAAGUUGCUGAAGCUCAAAGUGCGAUAAAUACAACUACUUAUAAUGCGACGCAAAAUGCUGUUGGUCAUCAACAACACAGGACUCAAGUACCACCACAGAGUUAUAGAACGCAAGAUACGAAUAAAGCUGCAGAGAAUAUUCAAGGAAAUGUUCAAGUUUCUGCUUCCUAUACGAAAGUUGGAGGUGGAAUUAAUAACAUGCCAAACGCUGGAGGUGAUAUGCAACCUAUUGAAGCUCGUUAAUAAACAUUGGAAGUGGUUUUGGGUUAUUAAAUUGUGGUGAAAUAAAAUUUGUGUGAAAUUG